AUGGGUGUUAGAGCCCUCUCGCUUCGGGGCGGAACCUCGUGGUGGGAGGAGGAUUCCGAGCUGAAGGGGGAGGUCGAGAAGUUACAGGAAGCUCUAAGAAAGGUCCAAGAUGGUCGUAGCUCGUCUCCAGACGCAGAGUCGGAUGAAGUGUCAAAGAUCUCAAGUUUCAGCGAAGAGACGAAAAGGACGCUGGUUGAAGAGUUCAACAAUGACAGUCAAUGGGAGAACAAAACACUGAUCCCACUCCAGUAUGGAAAUGAUACCGCGAUAGAGAUCCAGUGGCAGCAGGAAAACCAGCAUGGAGACAUCCAGUACUUCAGAAGGUAUGGAAAGCCCUCCCCGAAGUUCCUGGAGUGGAAGAGGAGGCAGAUUGAAGAGGAGAAAUUGCAGAAGAAGUUGAAGUUUGAGUCAUACCAGACUGCAGACGAGAUCCCGUUACCGGCCUCGUGCGAUUCAGAUGAUGAAUGCAACUGGUACUGGCACAGCAACGGCAGUAUGAUGUGGCGACGGUCGGGGAAGCAGUAUUACGAACCUGUGCAUGACUUUCCGGAUUUGGACGAGAGGUACUUGGGGAAGCCCGUGCCCAGGUUCUAUCUCGGGGAAUUGGAUGUGACCAACACGAUGUGUGCCAUCUUGAACUAUACAGUGGGAGGAGAGAUGAAACCUCUGGAGGAUGAGCCGGGUCCAACAAAGAGCGCUUCUUUCAACCAGAUGCUGGAGGACGUACUGAAUACAAGAAAACUUCCAGACCCCAGGAAUCGAACGUUCUGGGAGCAGUUCAAGGACGUCGGAAAGUAUACAGUCGACCAUGGGAUAUGCAUGAAGAAGCUCAACGUACGGCCACCAAGUUACGACGAGACCUUGCGAGACGCGCUGGACAGUUGCAAAUCAUACCGAUGGACAGAACUAGUUCCCUCCAACCUAGCAAAGAUGCAGAGGAAGCUUGAUGUUGAUCGCACCAGCUUCAAGUUGAGUGGAGGGAAAUUCAGGAUCGAUGGAGAGCUGAUCGUUUCUGAGAGGAGAACUUCGCAUAUUUGCUUGCUUGCUGAGGAUGAGGAGACUGAAAUCACGGGAAGAUGGCGGCUGAGAAAUGUGUUGGUUGGGGACUUGAUAGGACUGCGUCUGCGAUUUAACAACAAGUUGUUUCAAGAUGGCUGGUACAAUCUGGGCAAUGCGCAAGUGUUCAUCGCCCUCUCUUCCUCCCACGUCAAGUUUCGAUCGUGCUGGGUCGGCGGUCUGGGGCCGCUGGAGCAGAGGGCGAGGAACGGGAUCAUCUGCCAGGAGUUUGCGACGGUGGAGGUUUCAGGCAGCAGCAUACAAGCUUGCUUCGGAGCAGGGGUGUACAUCUGCGACAAUGCGACAGUCUCCCUGAACAACUCCAAGCUUCGCUUCUGCUACAUGGCAAUCUGCAUGUUCGGCAACGCCAUGGCCCGGGUGUCAGGCUGCGAGCUCAAGAACAUGACCAGCUCGAUCUUCUUCACGCAGAAGGCAUUCAUCCGCACCGUGAGAGUCGAGCUGAGAAACUGCUCUCUUGCUGGGCUUGCAUGGCUGGACGGCGUCAGACCCAAGAGACUCCUUCAGAAAGGUGUGACCAUGCAGCGCGCAAAGUUGGACUGGACGAGAGCGAUGAGAAACACGUCGAGUGAGGGGAGGGAGAGGAGAAGCGACGCAGGGAAGCUGCUGGGGAAGGCCAGCACAAAGAAGAAGACCAAGAAACCAUCAGAAGCAGAGGAGCAGAAGCAGAUGCAGCAGAUCCUUGCGACGGUCAAGGAGUGGAUGCGGAAGGGGAUCGUAGAGGGGCAGCUGAAUCAGCCUUACAGCUGGAAGGUAGCUGACAAGUAUCGUGUGGACAGGGAGGAAGAGAAGUUCUGGGAUGGAGACAAGACGAGCAAAUAUUACCAGGACCCGCGAUACGCCCAGGCCUGGGAAGCGAUCAAUCAGACCAUGGACAAGGCAGAUGACUCAGACUCGGUCGGAGACAUUUUCGACUACAAUGCUUACUUGUCAAAGUACCUGCGAGGGGGCGGUGGCGAUGGCAGCGAGGAAGACGAGGGAGAGGAUGAGAGGGCGAAGGAAGGAGCAAGGGGCCUCCUCGCCCUCAUUCACCGCGAGAACAUCUCAAGCCUGCACCUCACUGAGGAGGAGAGGAAAGUAGAAGCUGCCAAGUGGGAGGUGUAUCGAGACUUGACGACAGGCGAUAUGUUUUACGUCAACAACGAGACGUAUGAGUCAAGAUGGAACUACCCCAGGGGCCUCAAGUACUCGGAUCUCCAUGGCUACGGCGCUACGGCCCAUCUCUGCGACUUUGUGAUUCCGGACUGCCUCCCUCGCAAGCUGUUGGAGGUGCGAAUGCGCGAGGAGGAGGGGAAAGAGGACGGAGAGGCUGAAGUGGAGCAGGUGGACUGGAACGAGACCAUAAGGAGAGGAUGGGAGACUGGAGACUGGCGGACUUUCCGGGAGCUGAGAAGCAACUACAGUGAUGCUUGCUUGAAGUUUCUUGUCAAUUGCACUCCGGGAUCGAGGAUCUACAUGAGACUCGCAGAACCCUACAGGUUUGAGUCGGAGAUGAUGUGCGAUGACCCGGCAGAAAUCGACCCUGAGAGCGACUGGGACAAAGUUGGAGUGAUCGAGUUCGGUGUACCAGACGAGUGGGAGGAUAUCAAGGAGGAGAGGGCCUGGCGAACACCAUGGGUGGAGGAGUACGAAGAACUGAAGGAAGCGAUCAAAGAGUCACUGAGGAAGGAGCGAGAGGAGAAGCGGCAGGGAAAGAUUCGUAAGUCCUACCGGGAGUUGCAGGCCGAGUACAUGGCGCGGAAGAAACGCAGGGCCAACGUAACGAGCACAUCGAUGGAGGACGACGAGGACGACGAGGGGGACGACGAGGAGGACGAGGAGGACGAGGACGAGGACGAGAAGGAGGACGAGGACCAGGAGGACAAGGAGGACGAGGACGAGGAGGACAAGGACGAGGACGAGGACGAGGAGAACGAGGAGGACGAGGAAAAGGACGAGGACGAGGACGAGUCAUUACAUGCGCACGAGCUCGAGCAGAUCCUCGCUGGGAGGCAUCGCGAGCAAGUCAGUCAGCGCUGUCAUGGCUACGGUGGGAAGCUGCGCGUAUAA